GAAAACGUGUUUUAAAAAAUAUUGUAAUGCAAAACAAACGGACCCUAAGGUAGAAGCCGAAGCAACCCAUUUAGUUUCUCCUUGAUCUGUAUCCACUAAAGCAAUUCCCUCUUAAUGGCGGAGUCCUUUCAAAGGUAUGCUGUUGUUACAGGGGCAAACAAGGGGAUUGGACUGGAAAUAUGUAGGCAGUUGGCCUCCAAAGGGGUCAUGGUGGUCUUAACUGCUAGGGAUGAGAAGAGGGGUCUUGAGGCUCUUGAAAAGCUGAAAGACUCUGGUCUCUCUGAUCAUCUAGUUUUUCACCAGCUGGACGUGGCAGACCCUGCUAGCAUCACUUAUUUGGCUGAUUUUGUGAAAAACAGAUUUGGGAAGCUUGAUAUCUUGGUGAAUAACGCUGGUAUAGGGGGAGCUACAGUGAACUAUGAUGCUUUAAGAGCUUCAAGGAUUUCUGCUACUGAGAAAGAUCUGACAACCGUUUGGAGUAAAGUGCUGACUCAAACUUACGAGGGAGGAGAAGAAUGCCUUCACACAAACUACUAUGGCGCUAAAAGAACAGCUGAAGCGCUUGUUCCUUUGCUCCAGUUAUCUGACUCUCCAAGGAUUGUUAAUGUUUCCUCUCUCUGGGGCAAGUUAAAGAAUAUACCGAGUGAACAGCUCAAAGGAGUAUUUAGGGAUGUUGAUACAGAAGAGAAACUCGAUGAGUUACUCUCUGAGUUUCUAAAGGAUUUUAAGGAGGGUUCAUUAGAAAGUAAGGGUUGGCCAACUUGUGUCUCUGCGUACACAGUCUCAAAAGUAGCCAUGAAUGCUUACACAAGGAUUCUAGCCAGGAGAUACCCAAAAUUCAGCAUCAAUUGUGUAUGCCCUGGCUUUGUCAAAACAGAUUUGAGUUUCAAUACUGGUAAGUUAACUGUUGAAGAAGGUGCUGCGACUCCUGUUAAGUUAGCACUCUGGCCCAAUGGUGGUCCUUCUGGCCUCUUUUUCAUGGAGGGUGAACCUGCAUCCUAUGAAUGAGAUUACUGACAAAAAUAGCGAAAUCUCAUCAGAGAGGUGAAACUAGUACAUGAGGACGAUGUUCACAUUCUCUCAUUAUCAAGUACAAUAAGAAAGCUUUAAAAUUCCAAAUGAUGUAAUUUUCUUUGCCAAACUUGAUUCCUAUGUAUGUAGAAAUAUUCUACAAAAAUUUAUAAGAUAAGAUCUAUGUUUGUCA